AUGGCUCCAGUAAAUUCAAGCAUCAGCAGCCACGUCUCACUCACUCCCGGUGCUGCCCUAACACUAAGAAAAAGCAGCUUGCUUCCCAGAUGCAGCAAGCCACGAAACCUUCACAAAGCCACCUUCCCACCCCAGAAGCACAUCCCACCUCUAUCCACCUCAAUCAGUCUAUUCCCCCAACUCCUCGGUGGGGGUGUUGUAAAACCUAGGCAAAUGACCCACAUAUUGUGCACUACACCCGGGACUCCCUUGGCUGUGGAGGAGGAGAAGGAGGUAGACUCGAAUGCCAUGGACAAUGAAAGUCCUGAAUCAUUCCCUCCCUCGAAUUCAAAACGUUCGAGGCCCAUCCGUAAGAGCGAGAUGCCGCCCGUGAAAAACGAGGAGCUCAUCCCUGGAGCAACUUUCAAGGGGAAGGUCCGGUCCAUACAGCCGUUCGGCGCCUUUGUCGAUUUCGGCGCCUUCACGGACGGGCUCGUCCACGUAUCGAAGCUGAGCAGCAGCUUUGUGAAGGACGUGGCAAACGUGGUUAAGGUUGGGCAAGAGGUGACCGUGCGGCUGAUUGAGGCAAACAUGGAGACAGGUCGGAUAUCCCUGACAAUGCGGGACAGUGAUGAGCCGGGCAAGGCCCAGCAGAGGGAUUUCGACCCGGACAAGUCGCAGGCCUCGCGAAAGUUCGGUCAGAAGAGGAACGAGAACAGGAAGAGCUCCAACUUCGUGAAGGGGCAGGACCUGGAGGGGACAGUCAAGAACCUGACGAGGGCAGGGGCUUUUAUAUCGCUCUCCGAUGGGGAAGAAGGGUUUUUGCCGACAUCUGAGGAGGCGAAAGAGGGGUUAGGGUACGUGAUGGGCAGUUCGUCUCUAGAAGUGGGGCAGGUGGUUAACGUGCGGGUUUUGCGAGUGAACAGAGGGCAGGUAACACUCACAAUGAAGAAGGAGGAAGAUGCAGAGGAGUUGGACGAAAUGCUCAGUGAGGGGGUGGUUCACUCGGAUACUAACCCUUUUGUGCUGGCAUUCAGGGGCAGUCCAGCCAUCUCUGCAUUGUUGGACAAGAGGGAGAAGGUGGACAAUCUGGUUGAGGUAGCUGAAGCUGUUGUUGGGGUGGAUAUGAAUGAUUAUUACAAAGGUGUGGAAAACAAGCAAGGAGGUGAGGUAGCUGGAGAAGUCGCUCUUGUUGGUGAAGAUGUUUCGGACUCGAUAGUGGAAGAUGAGCAAAGUAAGGAAGGGGAUAAUGGGGCUUUCCUCUCUGCACACGAAAGUGAGUUGGAAUUAUCUGGAGAGCCCCCCUCGAUUGAUAAUGCAGCUGAAAAGGAUGGGGAAUUACAGGACGUUGUUGAAGAUGAAGCAUUAGACAAUGAUGGAAACCAAAGUAAAGAACAAGAAGAAACUGCUGCAUUGAACUCUGAUGAGAAUGGCACUGUUGAGAGCUCUGGAGCGGAGAUCAUUUCUGAGAAUCACGAGAACAAGUGCACAGAUUCUAUAUCUCCAGCGCUCGUAAAACAGCUGCGUGAGGAAACGGGAGCAGGCAUGAUGGACUGCAAGAAAGCCCUUUUGGAAACUGGAGGCGACGUAGUCCAAGCUCUGGAAUACCUCCGGAAGAAGGGUUUAGCCAGCGCCGAUAAGAAAGCCAGUAGGGCCACGGCCGAGGGCAGAAUUGGCUCGUACAUCCACGACAGCAGGAUCGGGGUCCUAAUCGAAGUCAACUGUGAGACAGACUUCGUAGCACGAGGUGACAUUUUCAAGGAACUCGUUGAGGACUUGGCCAUGCAAGUGGCCGCAUGCCCUCAGGUGCAGUACCUCGACACUGAGGACAUCCCAAAAGAUAUUGUCGAUAAGGAGAGGGAAAUGGAGAUGCAGAAAGAGGAUCUUUUGUCAAAGCCGGAGCCGAUUAGGUCUAAGAUUGUGGACGGGCGUAUAAGGAAGAGGCUCGAGGAACUUGCGUUGCUCGAGCAGCCUUUUAUCAAGAAUGAUAAGGUGAACCUCAAGGACUGGGUGAAGCAGACCAUCUCCACUGUUGGGGAGAACAUUAAGGUGAAGAGGUUCGUGCGCUACAACCUUGGUGAAGGUUUGGAAAAGAAAAGUCAAGAUUUUGCUGCUGAAGUUGCUGCCCAGACUGCUUCUAAGUUGGUAUCAACAUCUGUUAAACAGGAGGAGCCUGCUACUGAAGCAGAAACCACAGAAACCGUGGAGGAGCCUCUGAAGGUGGCUGUGUCAGCUGGUCUGGUGAAACAGCUGCGGGAGGAAAGUGGGGCUGGGAUGAUGGACUGCAAGAAAGCCCUCUCGGAAACUGGAGGCGACCUGGCCAGGGCCCAGGAGUACCUCCGAAAGAAGGGCCUCUCGACUGCCGACAAGAAGUCGGGCCGGGCUGCAGCCGAGGGCCGAGUUGGGGCCUACAUCCAUGACUCCCGGAUUGGGGUACUGAUUGAGGUCAACUGCGAGACCGACUUUGUUGGUCGCAGCCAAGUCUUCAAGGAGCUGGUUGAUGACCUGGCGAUGCAAGCCGUGGCUUGUCAGAGCGUUCAGUACGUGUCAGUCGAGGACAUUCCUGAGAGCAUUGUCAGCCGGGAAAAGGAACUGGAGAUGCAGAGGGAAGACCUUCAGUCGAGGCCAGAGAACGUGAGGGAGAAGAUUGUCGACGGACGGGUUGCAAAGAGGCUUGGCGAGCUUGCCCUCUUGGAGCAGCCCUUCAUUAAGAAUGAUGGCGUGCUUGUGAAGGAUUUGGUGAAACAGACUGUGGCCGCGCUCGGGGAAAAUGUGAAGGUCAGGAGGUUCGUACGCUUCACGCUUGGCAAGAAUUGA